AUGCAAAGCGAGGACUGCAUGUAUGUUUCGUCAGACGAGGGCGAGUACGCCGUGCAGGCACUUCGCGCGUCCAAGGCGGUGACCAGGAUCAGAAAGCGCAACGAGAAAGCCGGAGAGACAACGUCGCCGCGGGAGAGAGGGCGAAGAUUCUUGGAUGAGCUGGAGCAGGGGCGCAAGAUGCUGGAGAGCGAAGUGGAUGCGCUGCACAAGAGAUGUCGCGAGCUGGAAGGGGAGCGCGACCGGGCCUAUCAAGACAGAGAUGACGCGCGCAGGGCGCGCGACGAAGCUCUGGAAGCAUUUUUUUUGGAGCCCCCGGCGGGUGUACACCUUGCGGAGAGCGUAGCGCGAGGAUAUUUCUCGAUGGUCGCCGAACGCACAAAGGCAGAGGAGGAGCGCGAAGAACUGAGGAAGGAGAGAGAUGCCGCCAUAGAGGAGCAACUAGAGGCAGCCCAGGAACAGGGGGAACUACGGGAUGAGUUGGAGAGGGUUAAUGAGGACCUGCAACGGGACUUGGAAGAGGCAUGGGCGAUGGUGGAGAAACUGCAAGGGGAGGAGGAAGAUGAGUAG